AUGCCAAACUGGCGUCUGAAGCUUAACGGGCGCGAGAACCAGGAUAUCCGGUUCUUGAUCCACAGCUGCCAGCGGUCGAUUGUCGCCAUUGGAGAAUGCUCGCGACCGCUGUUGGAUGAGAUACUCCCCCUCGCCUCCGAGCAUCCGUCCAUCCUCUCUGCGUUACUUGCGUAUUCCGCUCGCCUUCGCGUUUCAUCUGGGGAUGGUAGCGCAGCACGCACAGAAGGCUCCAAGAGGAAUGCGCUCGACCGCUACCAGGAGACAAUCACCAAGGUGCAAUCAAUUUUGUCUCGGCUCCAGUCGGAAAAUCCAGUCAACGACGGUGAUGUCAUGGAGGUGUUAGCUUCAUGUCUCCUGCUGACGCUGUUUGGAUUGCCCGAGCAAGUCCACAACUGGUCGGUGCAUGUGACUGGAAUGAUUGCCCUCGUGGAAUCACUGGACAUUGAGGGUUUUCGAUCUGUGCCGUUGGUGCGAUAUCUCCAGACAGUCGCGGCGCAUCUUGACAUCUCGGCCUUUGCUCUGAACAGGUCCGAGGCUAGCCAACACAAAUGGCUGGCUUGGGGAAUCUGUCCUUGGAGAAGCAGCACCUCAACGAUAGACGAGCCUACGGAGUUUACAACGUUUGAAAUUUCAUCCGGUUACCCGGAGACAUUGGUGACCGUGGUCGCUCUCAUUUCUGCUGUAAUUGAAGGCCAGAUCGACGAUUCUGUCGCGGCAUAUAUAAAUGAUAUCUAUCAAGGAAUACAUCCAGUUCAAGAACAACGGCUAGCUGAGUAUGGCUCCCCACAGCAGACGGAAUCCUACUGGACAUCGCGAAUGCAUGCGAUCAUUGCCGGAUGGGAGCCUCCAAUGGUGCCACCCCACAUAUCGAGCACACUGUCUCUGGCAUUGACAACUGCCUGGGAGACUAUUCGAAAGGCAGCACAUAUUUACCUCACUCGAGGCGGGUUUGCAACCAGCAUUUACAUCCCUGUAGCUCCUCGUCGACAGCGAGUUAAUCAAAGAUAUGUUCGCGAGAUGAUUGUCGGACUUCAGUCACUGAUCACACUGGCCGAAAAAAAGGGAAUUACGAUCGCGAACGCCAUGAUUUGGCCGAUGACCGUGAUCGGGAACGAGAUCUUCAAUGACUAUGCGCUGCAAGCGGAGCUUGUGAGUGAAUAA